ACGAGUGUUUUUCCCGAUUCCAUCUCAGACGACCUUCUGUCCCGCCGGCACCCAAACCAAAAACCUUCAAAACCCCAUUCACAACUCAAUUGCCACCAAUUCCACGAAAAAAGAACCUUUAGCCCCAGUUAAACCCUAGUUCUCAUCCAAUCACUAUUUGUUUCUUCAGUUUCUGAAAAUGAUCAAUGGUCGGGAUCUUCAUGAUGCAUCAGCAGCAGCAACAGACCACUGCUCUUGUAACGCACCAUAUAAAUUUCCACCUUCGUAGAUCAUUAUAUUCAAUCACCGCCACCACGCCGUGACCAUGACCUCCUCCCCGUCGCUGGCCAGAGUACGGCUCUCGGAACUAGUCCCUUAUGAUGGAGCUCCUUCGAGUUGUUAUAUGAGGGCAGUUGAGGUCUUAUCAGACUCACUUACGAGGUACAACGCAGUGGUGAUCGAGCUGGGAAGUGAAGAUGAAGCUUUGAUGAGGUGCGGGUUGGAAUCCGCCAGGUUGUAUUUUAGGAUUAGGGCUCAAAGUGGUGCUAAGUGCAGUAGCAGUAAGAGUAGUCGUGGGGUUUAUAUGUACAGAGCAGGAAGGACCUUAGAAGAUAUGGAUUCAUCUCCGCCAUGCAUGGCAGAUGUUUUUAGAUGUAUGGGAAAGGCCGCUCGUGCUGCUUUAUGUGCAAUUGCUAGGCACCUUCGUUUACGAAGCGAUGUUUUUAAUCAUUUACUCGAUGAUAGCCCGUUACCUGUUAAUGAGCCAUCGUCAUCAGUACUCAUUGCGUCCUACCGGCACAUGCUGUUGCAAAAUGGAAAAGGGGCUCUCGGUGGAGGGAAUAUAACGACAAACUGUGAAACUGAGAAAGGAUUAUUAACAUUGGUCUGUUCAGAUGCUCCUGGCCUUCAGGUUUGUGACCCCAAUGGUCGUUGGUACCUAGCAGAUUGCGGUUCAGCUCCUGGGGACCUUUUACUAUUGAUAGGGAAGGCACUCAGCCAUGCCACCGCAGGCCUUCGCCCUGCUGCUUUAUGUAGGACUGUCACUGAUCAUGCUUCUGCCUCUGCUAAUCCUGGACGAUCAUCAUUGGUGUUUAGGCUCAUGCCACAAGGCAAUGCUAUAUUAGAUUGUUCUCCAAUAACAGCUGCAGGUCAUGUCAUCCCCCAGAGCUAUGUUCCAAUCUCUGUAAGCCAGUUUAUGGAUGGUCUUUCUGCUGAGGAAGAUAUACUUUGCAACCGCUCUGAUAGUGCUUUUGUGGCGCGGACUAAUGUUAACAAAGAACCAACAUUGAGAAGUGUUCUUUCAGAUUCAUUAUCUGGUGCAUUCCUUGAAGAUGCUACGCUUGUUUCCUGCGGGCAUUCAUUUGGUGGCCUGAUGCUUAGGAGGGUCAUAGAUACGGCAAGAUGUACACUCUGUGAUACCGAAAUUGAGACCGGGUCUUUAAUCCCCAAUCAUGCUUUGAGAGCUGCAGCAGCAGCAAUUAAGCACGAGGAUGAUCACAGGCUAUUUCAUAAUGCUGCCUUGCGAAAGCGUAGAAAAGAAGUCGGUGACCACAGGGGAAAUGGGGAUCUUAGUGCUGAAAAUGGACUACAUAGAAGUGUACAAUAUCCAUUCACAGUAAAUGAGAAAGUUGUAAUUAAGGGAAAUAGGAGGACACCGGAUAAAUUUAUUGGGAAAGAGGCUGUCAUCACGUCACAAUGUCUUAAUGGCUGGUAUCUGCUUAAUAUUAUAGAAAGUGGAGAGAAGGUUCGGCUACAAUACCGUUCUUUAAGAAAGAUAGCAAAAUCUCAGGCUGCAGAAUCACAGCCCUUUAUAACAGUAGUUGAGGUUUGAUUUUGUUUAGUGCCUGCUGUAUCCAUGAUGCAUUCAUUAUGUUUGGAUCCAAAAACAGCCUAUCAAUGCACAGAUGAUACCACUAUAAACUACUCACGAGUCUUUAAUACUAUUUCCCCCUUUUCC